CACCGCGCGGCAACACAGAGAGAGAGGGAAGAGAGAGAGAGAGGAGAGAGAUGGUGUCGGGGUCGGGGAUAUGCGCGAAGCGGGUGGUGGUGGACGCGAGGCAGCACAUGCUCGGCCGCCUCGCGUCGAUCGUGGCGAAGGAGCUCCUGAACGGCCAGCGGGUGGUGGUGGUCCGGUGCGAGGAGAUCUGCAUGUCCGGCGGCCUCGUGCGCCAGAAGAUGAAGUACCUGCGGUUCCUCCGGAAGCGCAUGAACACCAAGCCCUCCCACGGCCCCAUCCACUUCCGCGCCCCCGCCAAGAUCUUCUGGCGCACCGUCCGCGGAAUGAUUCCGCAUAAGACCAAGAGGGGAGCAGCUGCGCUCGCUCGAUUGAAGGCUUACGAGGGCGUCCCUCCUCCUUAUGACAAGACCAAGAGAAUGGUCAUCCCUGAUGCUCUCAAGGUGUUGAGGCUUCAAAAGGGGCACAAGUACUGUUUGUUGGGCCGCCUGUCUUCUGAAGUGGGAUGGAACCAUUAUGACACCAUCAGGGAGCUGGAGAAGAAGAGAAAGGAGAGGGCUCAAGCCGUCUACGAGCGGAAGAAGCAGUUGACGAAGCUUAGAGUGAAGGCUGAGAAGUCUGCAGAGGAGAAGCUUGGCUCUCAACUCGAAGUCCUUGCCACCGUGAAGUACUAGGAUUCGAGUAUUUAGCUUGGUGAUAGCUGUUCCAAAUUUUGUUGAGAUUGUUUUGGUGAAUUUCCUUGAAACAAUUUAUGCGUCUGAAGACAAGAGGAGUCGGAAAUGUGAUGUUUUGUGCGCCUAUGCUCUGUGUUCUUUUGGUUGAUACUGCUCAUCUCUUAGUAGAUGAACCUCUUUAAAAGAAAACCUUGAA